AUGUCAGCCCAUCCUAAAAGGAACAGCAUAGGUUACGCACUGCCACCCAAAAAAAUCAAAACGUUCAUCCAACCCUCACUCAUCCAGCAGGCAAAGGAACACAACAUUGAACUCAUCCCCAUCGAUCCUUCGAAACCCCUGAUCGAACAAGGACCCUUUGAUUGCAUCAUCCACAAAAUUUACGGCCCAGAUUGGAAGUCCCAACUCCAGCACUUCUCCUCUCAAAAUCCUAAUGUCCCUAUCAUUGAUUCGCUUGAUUCCAUCCAGAGACUCCACAAUCGGGUUUCGAUGAUCCAAGUUGUAAGUAACCUAAAACUUCCACAAAGAGAUCAAGUUUUAGAUGUGCCAAAACAACAUGUUUCUGAUUUACAACAAACUUUGAACAGUAAUGAUGAGUUGAUUAGGGAUUUAGGGUUUCCACUGAUUGCCAAACCGUUAAUGGCUAAUGGGGGUGCCACCUCGCAUAAAAUGUAUUUAGUUUUUGAUAAGGAAGGAUUAGACAAGUUAGAGACACCGAUUAUUUUGCAAGAAUUUGUUAAUCAUGGUGGGGUUAUUUUUAAAGCCUAUGUGGCUGGUGAUUAUGUGAAAUGUGUCAAGAGGAAAUCGUUACCGGAUUUAAAAGAGGGCAAAUCGGUGACUUUGAAGGGUUUGCUACCGUUUUCGCAAAUAUCAAAUUUGAGCGUCGAGGAGAAUAGUGGGUUUGAGAGUGUGGAAAUGCCGCCAGUGGAUUUUGUUGAGGAAGUAGCCAAGGCGAUUAAGGAGGAAACAGGGAUUAAUUUGUUUAAUUUUGAUGUGAUUAGGGAUGCUAGAGAUGCACAUAGUUUUGAUGUCGUAGCAGUGGAAGGAUUUGGUCCUCUUUUGCAUUCUAGAAUGCUUGCUACUUUUGCUAAAUACUUGAAGUUUCUGUAUAAUCACAAGUUGAGGAAAAUCUGUGGCCAUAUUCGCAAACCUUGUCAAUCAGUUGAUGCUAUUGCUGUGUGCUUUUCUUUUUAUUCUUUAAUACUUUGUGUCCCCAAACAAUGGUAUACCUAUUACAUAAGGAAGACAGAGUUGAUUGUGGGUAACUCUGGAUUCCAAAUCCCAGCAAAGCAGUUGUUCUUUUUGCAUUUCGAGGAUUUGGUUGGGAAAGAAGUGACUAUAGAGCUGAAGAAUGAUUUGCCUAUAAGAAGGGCCCUCCACUCUGUGGAUCAGUACCCUCAAUAUCAAGCUCGAGAACAUUCGUGUUGUCAAUCAAGUCAAGUGUCUUCAUAUGCUGUUAUCCUCUUAUUCUCCCUUGAGAAAAUUUACUACAAGUCUUCUUUACUUGGAAAGCCCUGCACAGUUAGCACGCUUUCCAUCAGGAACUGUUUCAUAAGGGGAUCGGUGGUGAGUUAUGUUCAACCUGCUCCAGACGGUGUGGAUGUUGAUCUGCUUCAUGAUGCCAUGAGAAGGGAACUCGGGAUGGCAGAAAGGCUGAGCAAGCUAGGAGGCUUCCCUGGACAAUCCGAUGCCAUGGGUUGA